CCAUCCAGUUGGACGGUCGCGGUUCCGUGUAGCUCGCACCACGUGGUUGUCCGCGGCGCCGCUAGAUCGCACCGCCAUCAGCUGACGCUAGCGCCAGACAAACUCAACUUCCCACGAGCCCAGUUUCAAUUUUUCAUUCAAGGAAACUUCUCCGUUGGCGGAUCGUUCUGAAUGUCAGCCACGGAACUAUUUUGGUUUCACUAGGUUGUAUUUUUUUUUUGAAGCGUUAAAUAAAGAUUAUUCGUGUACGGCUCGCUGACGUAAAGACGAGAAACGUUUUGAGAUUUUUUUCCGUUCGCGUUCGUUUGAUUCUCCGUUAAAAAAAAAAAAAAAAAAAAAAAAAUGCUAACAACAAAUGCAUGCUAUUAUAAUCUCGCCUCGGUUUACUGUCGCGGAGCUUCGUCGUGCCUCGUUUGAAAGAGUUCCGGGAGGGCGCGUUGGGAGCGGAAUGUCGUUGCUCACGAGACAGUGGCCGCCGCGGUGCCUCCAGGCGACGACGGCUGUAGUCCUCCUCGCGUGUUGGGCGACUUCGCUCGCACAGCAGCAACAACAACUCGAGUGCAUCGACGACGGUUUCUCGUCGAGGAACACGAAGGAGCUGGGACGCUGCCACUCCGGCGACGGCGACGACGACGACGAGGCAUCCUUGCGGUGCGACGAACUGCUGCGCGCCAUGGACUACGCUCCGUUCAUCAGCUUCCCAUUCUACGUGCGCGCGAGGUACGAGCUCCGCGUGCUGGGGGAGCCCGCAGUCGUCGUCGCCGAUGAAGGAGGUGGAGGAGGAGGCUCAGUCGCGACGGCGUGUCUGGGGCUGGACGGCAUCUCUGUGAGGAGGAUGCCGCUCGACGGCCCGUGGAACCUGGGCAACUACACGGCCCUGGAGCCCUUCAGGGUGUUCAUGCUCAUCGGCGCCACGGAGAUGACCAUGGACACGCGCUACGACUCGUCCGUCGCCGUCGGACUCGUCCGGCUCGACGCCGACUGCUGGAGGACCAACAGGAGCGUCGCCGCGUGCGCGGAGAAGGUGCUGGUGGCCGAGCAGGUGCUGAGGCCGGAGCGCGACAGGAACCCCUACCAGCCCGACUACUGGGACGAGGUGAAGGAGGUGAACGUGGACCUGCUGAAGGAGCGCGACGGCAGGCUGCGGCUGGACCUGAAGCGAGAGUUCGACGUGUCCGCCACCAACUACCUGGUCCCCUUGGUGGGCACCCACCAGCUGGUCGAGCUGCGCGUGUCCGGGAUGAACCUGUCGGCGACCUGCGAGCAGCUGAGCAACGUCUCGGCACUGCGCAUCCUCGAGCUGCCCGGCGACGACAUCGAGGUGUUCCCGCCAGAAAUUUUCCACCGGCUAACACACCUGGAGAAGCUGAACCUUGCGAACAAUAAACUCCAAAACAUUUCAGAAGAAAUUUCACUUUUGAGCAACCUGAUAAGUUUGGAUCUGUCAGGAAAUCCCUUGAACACUAGUAAUACCAGCAUGGACAACUUAUCUAAAUCACUUAAGUCUCUUAGUCGUCUUAAAUGGCUGUUUCUAUCGCGUAUAGAUUUUAGGAGUUUAAACACACUGCAUCCUCUGCUUGGGAAUAGUGGCGUCAAGUUGUUGGGGCUCGAUUUAAGUUACUGUGGCUUGACUUCAAUUAGCACCGAGGAUGCUGCCGAGAUUUUUCGCGCACAGACAGAUUUGGAAAUUCUGAAUUUGGCUGGAAAUAAUUUUCUCCAACUUUUUCACGGUCGUUUCUCCCCCUUGCACAAACUAAAGGUGCUGAAUUUGUCUUCGUGCGGGAUGAAAGAUUGCGCCGAGUUAGAGUUCAGUCCGAAGAACGUGAUCACAGAUCUGGACAUGUCCCACAAUAAUCUCAACCUUUCCAAACGAAUCAUUUCUUCGGGGUGCGUCAUUAAACUGGACUUGUCCAGCAGCAACAUUAUCCAGUGGUCCGAUCCCAACAUGUUCGUCGUCAAGAACAACGCGCCAAAGUGCUGGUCGAAUGGUUCCGCCAAUGGAGGUGCGUCGACGUCCGUGAGGAACCUGGAUCUCUCCUACAACCGCAUCAGCAUGCUUACGCUAGAGAUGAUGGAGUCGCUGCAGCGUUUAGCGUUGGUCGACCUGGGAGGCAACCCGAUCGACUGCAAGGACUGCCGCUUCCCGGACCUGCAGGGCUGGGUCUGGCAGACCCGGAGAGAUGGCCGCCCGCUCCUCGUCAGCGGGGGAGAGCGACGCGUGUACUGCUCCAAGCAGGGGAACCACUCCGGAGCGGCGGCCACCGAUGUGACCGAACACGCCUUCAACUACACGGCCUGCGACUUCAAGGAGUCCGUCAACUACGGCCUCGUCCUCGGCAUCCCGCUGGCGACGGUCGCGGUGCUGGUGGCGUGCGUCUUCGUCCUCAUGUACGUCUACCGGUUCGAGCUCACCUACCUCAUGCACCUGGUGAAGAUGAAGAGGCGGCGGUCGUCGCUGAUGAGCAUCAUGUCGCAGGACUUCCAGUACGAUGCCUUCGUGUGCUACAGUGGUUCGGACCGGGCGUGGGUGAUUGGCAAACUGCUGCCGAGGCUGGAGCGACAUCCCACCAACUACCGGCUGUGCCUGCACGAGAGGGACUUCGUGCUGGGCUCCUUCAUCACCAGCAACAUAGUGACGUCGAUGCAGAACAGCCGGUUCACCAUCGUCGUCCUCUCCAACGGCUUCGUGAAGAGCCAGUGGUGCCGCUGGGAGCUGGAGAUGGCCAACCACAAGCUGUUCGAGGACGACAGCGACUUCCUGAUCCUGCUGGAGCUGGAGCGGCUGGACCGCGGCGCCGUGCCGCGCCACCUCAAGUACCUGAUGGACACGCGCACCUACCUGGAGUGGCCGGCCGACGAACCGGGCGAGAAGGAGCACGAGGAGGUUUGGCAGCGGCUGGAGGCCGCCAUGGGGCGAAGCCUGUCCAGCCGCCAGCUGUCCGGGACAGACCGCCGCCCUCGGGGACAGCUCGCCGUCGAGGGCUGAAUUUUGCUGAAUUUGUCUUCGUGCGGGAUGAAAGAUUGCGCUGAGUUAAGGGUUCCGCCUACCUGGUCACACAGACGGUGCGCAGAGCUUCAGGAAAAACAACGCGAUGAGUGGGGUAUGUUUACGAAAAGCAUUCAAGAGUUCGCUGAGGCCCGAAAAGUACUUUUAAUUUUGGAUCAUGUUUUUAAACUGUAUUUCUAGAAGAGUUAAAAUGGCCAAAACGCAUGUUUUCAGAGUAAUUUUUAGGCGUAAAACAACCAGUUACAGAUUAUUAAAAGCACUUAAGGAACUUGCAUUACACCUUUAUCUUCAUUUAUCGGCCAUAUAAUGUUGCGGUCACCGCUCAAAUUUCACAGUUAUCCUGUGACGACGAGAAGACUGCGCGUCAAUUCAGAGCCUUGCGCUUAGAGGCGAUACCGCGCUAUAAAUACCGUCGAGCGUCGCAUUUAUCAUCCCGCCUCACUAACACACAUACACCCCUGACGAGGCGGGCCCCUUAAGAGUUCAGUCCGAAGAACGUGAUCACGGAUCUGGACAUGUCCCACAAUAAUCUCAACCUUUCCAAAACGAAUCAUUUCUUCGGGGUGCGUCAUUAAACUGGAUCUGUCCAGCAGCAACAUUAUCCAGUGGUCCGAUCCUAACAUGUUAGUCGUCAAGAACAACGCGCCAAAGUGCUGGUCGAAUGGUUCCGACCAAUGGAAGUGCGUCGACCGGUGGGACCGCCGCACACGACAACCCCGAGACCCCCGCGCCCUCGUGCGUUCCUGCGGGACCUGCUCCGCGGACGGAGCGGAAAAGUGCAAACCACGGCGCUUGCCAUCCGCGCCAAAAGUUCACAAAGACCCAAGGGAAACAAGAUGGGCAGUAUUUCAACACGAUCCCUUCUCGAAAAUCAGGUCCAAUUCUGUUUAUUUUUCCUUUUCAAGUCUUUAUCGCUUUUAUCGGAGCCCGUUUCCAUUGUAUAGUUCAAAACUAAUCACUCUGCAACUCGAAUGUUUUGACAGUCGACGUAGCUGCUCCGCCAGCGUCUAAAAAUGUACUUAGUUGAAAAAAAACGAUUUCGCGCGCGUGCGUGUAGUUAUAUAGCACGCUAGGCUUCUUUUUAAAAGAAUUCUACGUUGAAUUUCGUGCCAGAGUUUCGUAUUGUGAACGUUUUAUUUGUUGCAACGUGGGAAUGCAACAUGAAUUUUGCUCGUUACCGAGGUUGGACGUUAACAAGUCUCUGGCGAAUAUACUGGAAGACUCGCCCACGUGGAUCGAUAUGCUUGCUUUAUGUAAAUACGCAAGGUCAUUUUCCGCCUUAAUGUUUUAUAUGAAAGCAGAAAUAAUAUAUAUUAUAAGUUUCUGGCGAGUAGCAUUGUGUUGCUUUAAUUUUCACGUUUCUCGGCGUGUGCACAAAAGCCACUAGACUCGUGGUGGUUUUCAGCAGGGGUCCAAAAAAAUACGUAUUACCUUAAAGGCGGAACAACUCAAAAGAGACUUUUUUUUGCAUGGAACCUUAUAGACCUUAAAUAUAAUAGGCUACUUCUCCUAAGAAUAGAUUCUCUUAAAUAACUAGUCAAGUCGGAGUCGAUAAAUGGCCACUCCAGCCUUGUGCUGGGAACGUCAGCACAGUUGAGCUCCAUUACGUGAUUUUUCCUUCGAUAGAUUUUCCUUCACAGUCAAAAUGGCUGAAAGUUGUUAUGUCACCAAUUCUACAUUCAUUAAAUUAUUAAAAAUCUUAGCACACAUGCUUUAACUGCUUACAAAUUUAAGCUCAUGUAAUUUCAUCAUUAGGCAAUCAAAUUGUAAGUUCUUCGCAAUAAGUCCACAGAUGUAAGAACCCUGCACGACAGUUGAGUGGAGAGUGACUACAUUAUGGAAAGUCAGAAAAAAACCAGGGGAAUGUCAGGGAAGAUGUUAUUAGCCAGGUAAAGUCAGGGAAAUUACCUGAAAUACUCUGAAGUCAUGUAAAGCCCCCCUUUCAUCUGUCAUCGCCCAGAAUGUGAAAGCAUUUUUUUUUUAGAUUAUUCUUUAGUGUAACAUACACAACAUAAAAUGGCUUAUGCAAGGUUCUGCCUGAAUUUUAAAGAAAUAAAGUUAUUGGAGAGAAAACUAGGCCCAAUGUGUGUGUGUGGGAGGGGGGGGUGUUGGUAACUGUAUUUUAGUUCUUUCAUAAAAAUUUUAAAUAUUUAAAUUGUUAUUAUCCCAGGAAAUUAGUAAUUUUGGUUACGGAUGGUCACAGCUGUCCAUUGCGGAAGGAAGUUCGUGCCUAAUGGCCCGGCCAAAAAAGGGCAAUUAAAAGAAAAAAACUAGCGCAGGCAUAACGUUUUGCAGUCUAAUGAGCGAUCAGAUUUUUUUUUUUUCGCGAAAAAAAUGCUUCGUCUUACUGAUGACGCUUCCAAGCGUCACCCUUAGUUCUCUUAAAACAACACGCCUGAAAGACGUAAUUUAUCCCUAAAUGCACGUGGUUCUUAAAACCCUUCAGCCAAAUCUCUGUUGAUAAACUGCACGAAAAUACAAUUCAGUUUGUAUGGAAACUGUUGAUGGUAAAUGCAGACAGGUUAUUUGUUAUACACCACAAAAUUAUAUUUAACUGCAAGUUUCGUUAAUAAAAAUAAUUUACAAGUUAUAAGUUCUAAUUAUUUUAGUCUAUAUUAGAAUGAUUGAUCUGCAAAUCAUGUAAUAUAAUCCCAUUUAGUCGUUUGCAAGUUUUGACAAUGAAUUUGUGUACCUGAAGUAUUUUUUGAAAAUUUUAAAUAUACAUUCAUAUACAGUUAAUUUUUUACUCUCUCUCUCUUGUUCUCUUAAUAAAAUUAAUUUUAUUGAACUGCACACAGGCGUAUUAAUACACUCAAGAGUAAUUAAUUGCAAAUAAAUGGUUGUGCAAAUUGUGCUUUACAAAAUUAUGUCAAGUUUUUUUUUAUAUUUGACGGAUUAUAAAGACUGAUAUAUUGUAAAUAAUAUUUGUAUAUGUACUAGAGCAGCUGGAGAUAUAUAUGUAUAUACAUAGUUUAUACCUAGGUUUUACAUGGACCUACUGUUAAUUCAUAUAGUUUAGUUGAAUUAAUUAGAAAUACAAUUAGUUUAAAGUAGGUAUUUUGCAUAUUAAAAAGUGUUGUGUAUAUUUCACAUUUGUUGUAAUAAAUUGUUUUAGGAAAACUAAAAUUAUUUCUUCUUGUAAAAUAUCCCACUACAAUUGAAUAAGUUAAAACGCAUCAUAAAACAAAUGAAAUCCUUACAUAUCUUGAGGUAUGACGAAAAAUGUUGUCCAAUGUAGGCACCAUCAUGCCAAAGUAUGUGAAGUGAGCAAUAAGGACACAAUUCACAAACAACUAUUUUCGUAAUAGGUGACCAACAGAAGCCAUGUCUAAUUUACUAAAGAAUUUUUUUUUGAUCAUGAUACAAAAAAAUGUAAUAACGUUGAAAGACUGAAAAACAUGCUUCAAAUGACAUAAGUAUGCUAGGGCAUACUAAAUAAAAAAAAUCCUUCU